CUUUUUCAUUCAUCGAGUUCGAGUUUACAAUUUCAUAGUGUUCUUGCUCAAAGUUAAUCUUUGAUGUGUACCUAUUAUAUUUUUCGUAAUACAUUCUCGAUCUUUUUUUCUGUUAUAGUUCCUUAAACUUCAAUUAUUUCGAUAAAUUAAGAAUAUGAAGCUUGCAAAAUAAAUAGAAUAUCUGCAGGAUUCGCAUAAUACGUUUUAAUUAAUAGCUUGAAAUAUUAUAACUUGUUGAAUAUAACAUUGACUUUUCACUUUUUUAUUGUAAUAAGACUGAAGAAACAAUAUUAAAAUAGUGCUUUAAAUUAAAUUUUAAAAUUAAUUUAGUGAAAGGACGCGAUAUAAGUAGGGCAAAUAAAGGUGUAAAUAAAAUAGUGCCGGUCGUAUGGUACGUUCUAGAUGUCAACGCAUAUGUAAAAAAUUGUUGAUAAUGAGUGUUUGUGUGUAAAUUGCUUAGAGACGAUGGAAAGGUUGUCUCAUGAUUUAAAUCUGGCUUUAGAAGAGAGUAAUUGUGGAAGGCAAGAACGUCGGAAGAUCGGACUGCGUCGACGUACCAGGUCCGCGGGGAAUUUGCCUGCUGCAAUAGCAGUAAGCCUCGCUGAAGAUGGAAGUUCAAGUAGCCCGCCUCAGGCACCUCUCAUCACACAACCACUGUCAGACUCCGAUGACCCACAUCUCAACAUACACAAAUCAACAAACCUUAAGUCUCGACACUAUUGCCAGAUUGGUAAUUUUGAAUCUGAUUCGUUCAAUGAAAAUUUUUCACCAACUCGGCCAGCUAAUGCUAGGAGGAAACGAAAGUAUAAAAAGAUGCCAGUAGAGUACACUGAUGGUAAACAUACACCGCCUGUAGAGAUAUUAUGUAUUACUACAGAGCCGAAUGCCUUGCCAGUGACGAUCACGAAUCCGACUCACAGUGUCUCGCCCCUACUGCACGGCGGUAAACAAAAACAGGAGAGAAACGCAUUUUGUGGAAAACGCAAGUGGUCGCAUAGAGACAAAGGCGAUGGAUGCGAGAUGAGAGAGAGAUCAUUCAGCGGAGGCUGCUCGUCCAAAUCUGCUUUCUUUAAAAACGAUAUUAAGUCAAGAAAAUACGACACGGAUAAAAAGAGAAAAGAUACAGUAUUGCAGCCGGGAAAAAUCGUCCUCAAAUCUCAUAAUACGGAAGAAGCUAAAUUUUCGUCGUUUACAAAUACUCCAUCAUUGCCGGGAAGCUCUAGCUUUAACUUCGUCUAUAAGAAUUUAUCUAAAAACGGCACACCAACGCUCUCUAAACUCACGGGCUAUAGAAUAGCGACAGAUUUGCCGCCGUUUUUCUGUGCCACCACAAGUACAGGCAAAAUAGAUGGAAAGUACCAUCGAAAGUAUAAGAUGCUUAAUAAAUCUCACCCGCCUAAUGUUUUGAGGAAUCCGUUACAUUUCGACGAUUCAAACAGUGGUAUGGACUGCACGGGCAACGAGAGCAGCUCUUUGAGCAGCAGCGACUCUGACGGAGUGAUAACGAACGACAGCGAUCGAGAAGGCGACGAUGAGCUCACGGACUGGCCCGGCAUCGAGGAGCUCAAAGUCUUCAAUAAAAGCCUUACAUUCAAAUCAUCAAAAUCUGUGAAUAACAAUUGUACGAAAUCUGUAAGCAACAUGCCACCACCGAAAAGGUUAAAGAAAGAAAAGUUUCUAGUUAAAGGCGGAUGGGCUAGUUGUAAGAAUAGAUACAAGAAGAAAAGAGCUAAAGUGGAUUCGGGAAACGACGAUGACGCCAUGAUGUCGGACUCGAAAACAGUUGUCGAUGUCGAAGACGAAGCUUUAAAAGAGAAGGAGAUACUGCCGCAUUCGUCAUAUUCAACAUUCAGCGACGUCAUGAACGCGGGGGUAUCCGGACAGAACGCCGAUGAGACGUUUUUUCAUUCCUUUCAGGAAUUUCAAGAGAAGUCUGAAAAAAAGGAGGAAUUUAAUCAGACGCCGCGCACAAAUUUCACUUUACAGAAGACAUCGUCGAGCGAUUUGAAUAUAAGUGAGAAAUCUCCCCAAAGUGAUCACUAUUACAGUGAAAAUUCAAUGGGUAACGCAGGGGUUUCUGAGGUACGCGAAAUAAGAGCAGGAUGUCGACGGAUACGCGACGAAAGGCCAGGUUUCCUCAUAUUAAGCGCAGCGAAUGAGCAGUUGUCGAAAUUUUUACAAGAUUCGUGCCAAACCGAGCUAAAAUUGCCGAGUUUUCAAGAUCCCGUGGAGAAAGAAAAAUUAGAGUCAUUGGCUAAGUUAUACUCUUUGGAGCUACAAGUCGAAAUGGGACGUCCUAUUUUGAGGAAGACUAGCAAUACAACUCAAGCAAUCAGGGUAGAGAAUUCCUCCUACCGCAAUCUACCUUCAGACCACAAGCGUAGAUGCUAUGGAGAUGAGGCGGACACCAGUCUAAGCCUCAGUGACCCAAACUCAGUUAACUCAACAAAUGAUCUAGACGAUUCCAUCCCAGAUGCCAAAUUAUCAGACAUUCCCCAAGAAAUAGCAGAUUCGUUUAAAUACGCCCAAAUAGAUAAAUCGCUUUUACAUCCCGGGGAAUUAGAUUGAAAUUAAUGAGAAUUAUUGUAUAUUAAAAAUGUUUAUUAUUUAGUGUUUAAACUAUUUAGGGAUCUAGCCUUCAGCUAGGGUUAGGUCACCUAGAAAAUGAGCUCUAGGUGUUCUCGACCCAGUCCUAGAAUAAAAAAAAUGUCAAAGACAAAAUCCACAAUAAUCGUCAUGCUAUUAACAAUAAAAGUAAAUUUUGAUUAGCUGAUGUUAGCCUUGCACUGCAUGUAAUUGUAAAUUAACUAAAUACUUAAUAUUAUUAAACGUGGCCGUCACGGACGCCCGGUAGAUGUGAGACAUCGAAGUUGAUGGUUAUUGAAAGAAUUUUGUUAAGAAUUCAGUUAUAUAUAUAUUUUAAAGAAAAAUAAUAAUCAAAUAUGUAGUAAAACAAAUAAAAAUAAAUUCAAGAAUGAGUCAGAGUUUCGUUAGUAAAAUAAAUACCUUAUUAUUGUUAUAUAUGUAACGAAGUAUAUGGAAUACGCGCCACGAACAUAUAAGGAGUAGAGAGUGGUGGGGAAGAGGGGGCAUGAUCUGGCGUAAGGACCCAUAUC